UUUUUCGGUAACGUUUGAUUGUGCACGAGUCUUAACGAUAGCUAGCCGUUAUUGUGCAAAUGUUCAAUGGGGAUGAAAACUAGCGCUGGUGUCUAGUUAGGAGACGCGUUUCGCAUCAUGUGUGACCGUAAAUAAUCAUUAUAAUCGACAGAUUAUAAUGAUUGUGUUACAUUAGUUGCUAACGCGAAAGCAAUAUGGAGGAGACCAGCUAGCUGCAAACUGGGGGUCCCUUCGAGGCUUUGUCGUGUGGGGGGGCUUCUUCUCUUUGCUUGCUAACCUUAGCAACAAAAAUCCCCUUAAAUUGAGGACACGUGGUGUGUUUUACAUCACGACAGUGCUAAUUUAAAAUAGGUAAAAGCCUGUGUUAUAUCGUCAUCCGCUCUGUAUUUCCACACUAACGUUAAAUUGCGAUAAGCCGCCGCCAGGUGUUGCAGAGCUCCUGUGCACCGUUGAUGCUGGCAGGUCCGCCACCUCUGUGUUAUUGAUGAGUGAGGUGAUAAAUAUUGAGGAACCUGCUGGUCCCCAGGUCUACCUGAUGAGUAUGAGCCUGACUACAGAAUCCCCUAACGAUGGUCCCACUGUUACAGAAGUGUCCAACCCAUCAGAGAGCAAAAUGACUUCACCUGAGAAGAAGGACAAGAAGCCAGAUGAUGUGCCAGAGGAAGAGGAGGAGGAGGAAGAAUACGUGGUGGAAAAGGUCCUGAAUCGGCGGGUGGUGAAAGGGAGAGUAGAGUAUCUUCUCAAGUGGAAAGGAUUCUCUAAUGAAGAUAACACGUGGGAGCCAGAAGACAACCUGGACUGUCCAGAUUUGAUUGCCGAAUUUCUGCAGUCCCAGAAAACGGCACACGAUGGAAAGAGGAAGGCGGCCGGGGAUGCAGAAGGAGACGAAAGUAAAACAAAGAAGAAAAAAGAUGACACAGAGAAGCUAAGGGGCUUUGCUCGAGGGCUGGAUCCAGAAAGGAUUAUUGGUGCCACAGAUUCCACAGGAGAACUCAUGUUCCUCAUGAAAUGGAAAAAUUCGGAUGAAGCGGACCUGGUGCCGGCGAAGGAGGCCAAUGUGAAGUGUCCGCAGGUGGUCAUCUCUUUUUAUGAAGAGAGACUUACUUGGCACUCAUAUCCCACCGAAGACGAGAAAAAAGACGACAAAAACUAACACAGGGCGAAGGGGCAGGGGAAAAGAAAGAAACUGUAGUUUUGAACUUCAUUUCGACAGGGGAUUUGGGCCAGGGGGGGGUGGCAGAGACAAGCAAGACACCAUUGGACUUGUUCGUCUUUCGGUGUAGUAUCACUCAUUUGAUUCUACUUUUAUCUGGGUAUAAUCUAACUGUAUAUAUGCUUCAGGUUUGCUUGACAAAACCCAACUGAAACGUACAACGCAGUGUUAAUUUUCAGUAUCAGUUUUAAGAAAACUGCUCGCCUACUAAAGAAUCAUUUUCACAUAACAUUUGGUCCAGUGCUCAGUCGUCUUGCUAUGACAAUGUAUCAGUGAGGUGAUGUUUUUAUUUCAUUAGUGUGCCAAUUUUUUUUUUUACUAGGAUUCAUUGGUGCUUUUGACAGCAAAACUGUGUUCAUCUUAACUGUUUCCUUAGGACUUGUUUGGUGUAUGAUUAUAAACCCUUUUCAGUGAUUAAUUUAGUCAUUGGUAAUCUUUGUAGUGUUUUUCAUGAACAAGUCUUGCUUGUCGGUUUUGGAGAAUAAACCACUUUUUGUUAC